AUGGGCUCUUGGAACCACCUCUUUGAGGUGCCCCCCGGAGAGGUAGUCUCCGUCAAGAUAAUCGACACGACCUCGCGAAUUGGAAAUUCCUCAGUCGACUUUUUGAUGAGACCCCCAAUGGAGGGAUUUCUAACAAUGCCGAUUCACCCAUCGUGGUCUUUUCUGAUCGAGCAUCCAUCGGGCAGCCGGAUCCUGUUCGACCUCGGUAUUUCCGUCGAUUGGAGAGAGUACGCACCGAUUGUUUCCAACAGGAUAAGCACCAACGGAUGGCAAAUUACCUCGACGCGCGGAGUGGCUGAUAUUAUCGAAGACGCUGGCACUCCUCGCGAAUCUAUCAACGUCAUUAUCUGGAGUCAUCACCAUUGGGACCAUGUGGGCGACCCGUCUACUUUUCCACCCCGCACCGAUCUCGUGGUUGGACCAGGGUUUGUGAAAGAAUAUCUGCCAGGAUGGCCGUCUAAUCAGAAUUCGCUCCUGCGAGACACCGAUUUCGAGGGUCGAAAAGUGAGAGAGAUUGACUUCAACGACGGCUUGCUCCUGGGACAGCUCAAAGCGCAUGACUUCUUUGGGGACGGCUCCUUCUAUCUCCUCGAUACACCAGGUCAUUCAGUUGGCCACCUCGGAGGGCUUGCACGCACCACCAAAGCCCCGGACACUUUCAUCUUCAUGGGCGGCGACUUGUGCCACCAUGGCGGCGAAGUUAGACCUUCCAAGUACAACCCACUCCCAGGAGGAAUGGCCGUCGAAAGUCUGCUGGACGUUCCCAGGCAAGUAUGUCCUGGCGCUCUCUUGGAAGACCUUCAAAAAAACAGAUUAAGAGAGAUAAACCAGUCACUCUUCGACCCCAAGCUGGGAACUGAUAUUCCAGAGGCUAUCCGCACCAUCUCAAAGGUACAAGAGGCAGACGCAAAUGACCACGUCCUUUUCAUUUACGCACAUGAUACAGACCUCCUUGGAGGAAUAGUUGAUCUGUUCCCUCUUCCUGCUAACGACUGGAAAAAGAAGGGAUGGCGCGAGAAGCUCUUUUGGCAUUUUCUCCAGGACUUCACCUCGUCCUUGAAGCUCAUUGCUCAAGAUAAGGAUCAGGUUAGAGGAUCGUGA